ACCUACCGGUGAUCUCACUGCGGCCUUUUCCACGCUGACAAUGGUGUCGACGGCGGAAAAACCGAAGAUUUUCCUGCAUUUCCAUUGAAAGUACAUUUACUCAUGGAGAAAGGAGCAAGUCGGGAGUCAUGAGCACAGGUGUGAAGAAGCCUCCUUUAGCUCCCAAACCUAAACUUCCAGCCACAUCAAAGCCCGCCCCCCCUCCCAUCGCCCCCAAGCCAGGUCCACUGUCACAGUCCUCAUCUGUCUCUCAAACCUCGCCUGCCACUCUCAAGAGGGCAAAACCGGCCGUCGCCCCCAAACCAUGCCUCCCCAGAUCCAAAGGCUCCCCUCCCCCUGUUUCGCCGCCGCCGCCUCCCAAACCCGCUGAACCCCUUAAUCUGUCUGAGGAGCAGCAGGAGACUUUGGAUGAUAACCUCCUUCUCCUCAACUCCAGGAAUGGGAUUAUAUCUGGGAGACAUGAAUCGGAUUACAUCAUCCCCACCUGCUCCUCCUGUGGGCGGGGCCACUGUUUGGAGUGUGGCCCUCUGGAAAACGGAAACGCCAUCGAGGGCCACAGAGAGAACGGGGUUUCCUCGGAGGGGCUCGCAGAAACCGAGUCUGAGGAGAGGGAAGAACCUCAAAGGGAUGGAGGGUGGAUGAGCAAGAAGCCCAAAGAUAAACCUCAGAGACACAGAAACUUAGUCCGGGGGCCGGAGAACAAAGAGCCCCCGAGGACUGUGGAGCAGAGGGGGGAAGAUUUGGAGGCCGGUAAGCAGCAGGAAGAUGCUGUAGCUGAACCUGAUCAUUCAACAGCUGAUGAGCCGACGGAGGUUCAGAGCGUUGAAGUCGUAGACUCUGUGCCCCCCCAGGAUGCUGCAGGCAGCAUCGACGCUUCCAGGAUCUGUCCUCUCGACUCCUCUGAAGAACUCUCUCAGGUAGAACCCGUCAGCAAAGCACCUCCUCAGCCUGAUCUGGAAGUCCCUGCUCCCCCCAGUAAGCCUCUUCCAGUCCCCCAACCACGAAAAAACAAGAAGCCCGGCCUGAUGAGGCAGGACAGGGUGGAGAGUGGCCCCCAGGAUCAGGGGGUGGAGGAUGGAGCUCCUGAAACACAAGAACCUGAGAAGAACCUGAGCUCAGACAGUCCGGGGAAUAAGAGCGAUGACGCCCCGAAAGACUUGGGUUCGGGAGAUGAUGAGGCCUGCGUUCCUGUCCCACCCCCCCGCCAGACCUCCCUCUCCCCACGCCUGCAGAGAACCGUCCACACCCCCCCGGCCCUCAACAGAAAAACCUCCCACUCGUUGGACCACCUUUCACAGCCCAGCUCCACGGGCUUGAGUAAGGAGGUGGAGCGGGUGGAGGAGGACGAGGAGGACGGGUACGGAGACUUUGAGCGGUACCCCUUCGCCCACAGCCUCCCCAAGCAGAUCAAGCUGGGCUGUCAGGCCCCGCUGAGCGCCAGCAGGAGGGCCCUCUCAGCCGAGGAUCAGCAAUCCCCACGGGCACCGCCGCGGAAACCCCAGAGGCACAGCCUCCCGGCCCCGCCUCCCCCCUCCAUCUGUCCCCCGGCUCCCCCGCACGCCAACACCCCCAUGAGAGAGCUGCCGGCUCCUCCCCAGGAGAAAACCCACUGGCGCUUCACUCGUCCCUGCGUGACGUUUUUCAGCCGGCAGAUCCCCACCAGGAGCAGCAUGCCGCCCAAGAGCCGAGCCCCCGUCCUGGGCUCCAAACAGAGAGCCCAGUCCUUCUCCGCGGCGGACCUGGCCACCCGGGCGGACCCCCAAAAGAGGAGCCUCUCCUUCCGGAAGCUUCUGGAGCUCCGGCUGUCGAUGAAGAUGCUGCCGAAGCUGCUGGCCAAGGGGGGCCAGUCGCUGGACUGUACCAGCUUGGAGUCGCACGGCGGGGAGAGGAGUUUGGGCCGACCCAACAGCUGCAUUGGGGAGGCGGACUUUUGCGGAGAAGGGGUGGAGGAGUCGGCGGAGUACGAGAACGUGCCUCUGUAUGAGGAGAUCCCCGAGUACAUGAACCUGCCGUUUCACAGCGGCAGACUGGGCUGGUCGCAGGACUCAUCCGACUCGGACAUCUACGAGGUGCAGGAUCCGUAUCCCAGGUGCCAGGACUACGAGUACGAGAGCAGCUGCUUGGAGCACGAUGUCCACUCCGAGGAGGAGGAGAUGCACAGCUCCGACGAAGAGGACAACAGCUCCACCUGCAGCAAAGAGCACCUGGACGAGGCCGACAGACAGCAAGAGGAUGAGAUGAAGAGGAAGAAGGUGGUGCACAUCGCCCAGGAAAUCAUGAGCUCGGAGAAAGUGUUUGUGGACGUCCUGAAGCUUCUUCACAUUGACUUUCGGGAUGCAGUUGCCAAGGCGACCCGUCAGAAUGGAAAGCCAGUGGUGGACGAGCGGAUCCUCAACCAGAUCUUGUACUACCUGCCUCAGUUGUACCAGCUCAACAAAGACCUGCUGAGAGAGCUGGAGGAGAGAGUUGGACACUGGAGCGACCACCAGAGGCUGUCAGACAUCUUUGUCCAGAAGGGUCCGUACCUGAAGAUGUACUCCACCUACAUCCGGCAGUUCGACAACAACGUGGCUCUGCUGGACGAGCAGUGCCGCAAAAACCUGGGAUUUGCUGCAGUUGUACGAGAAUUUGAGAUGAGUCCGCGAUGUGCCAGCCUGGCUCUGAAACAUUACCUGCUGAAACCAGUGCAGAGGAUCCCGCAGUACCAACUGCUGCUCACAGAUUAUCUGAAGAACCUUCCAGAAGACUCUGAGGACUACAAAGACACACAAACUGCUCUCAGUAUCGUGAAGGAAGUAGCCAACCAUGCUAACGACAUCAUGAAACAGGGGGAUAACUUCCAGAAGCUGAUGCAGAUUCAGUACGGCCUCAAUGGUCACCAUGAGAUCGUUCAACCCGGCAGGGUGUUUCUUAAAGAGGGGACUCUGAUGAAACUGUCCAGGAAAGUCAUGCAGCCGCGCAUGUUUUUUCUGUUCAACGAUGCUCUCAUGUACACCACCCCAGUCCAGUCGGGCCAGUACAAACUCAACAGUGUUCUCUCUCUGGCUGGAAUGAAGGUCAGUAAACCCAGCCAGGAGGCCUAUCAGAACGAGCUGAACAUUGAAAGUGUGGAGCGCUCUUUCAUCCUGUCAGCCAGCUCAGCGACAGAAAGAGACGAGUGGCUAGAAGCCAUCGCCAAAGCCAUCGACGACUACACCAAGAAGAAAAUAACCUUCAUUUCAAGCCGCAGCCAGGAGGAGGCGGAGGUUUUUGUCGACAACGGAGCCCCUUUAGGGUCGAAAGCUCCCAUCUGGAUCCCGGAUUUGAGGGCCACCAUGUGCAUGAUCUGCACCUGUGAGUUCACGCUCACCUGGAGGAGGCAUCACUGCCGCGCCUGUGGGAAGGUGGUGUGUCAGGCCUGUUCUACUAACAAGUACUACCUGGAGUACCUGAAGAACCAGCCGGCUCGUGUGUGCGAUCACUGCUUCGCCAAGCUGAAGGAGAACAGUGACAGAUGCGCCUCAACCUCAGUGUCUCCGAUCAAGUCUGGAGCUUUCUCCUUCACCAGGAAGCAGAAGAAGAUUCCUGCUGCGCUAAAAGAGGUGUCUGCAAACACAGAAAACUCCUCCAUGAGUGGAUACCUGUACAGGUCCAAAGGCAACAAGAAGCAGUGGAAGAGGCUGUGGUUUGUCAUCAAGAACAAAGUCCUGUACACUUAUGCUGCCAGCGAGGAUGUUGCGGCCUUGGAAAGCCAACCCCUGCUGGGCUUCUUCCUGAGAGAGGAGAAGAACGGGCCGGCCCAGAAGCUGCAGUUCAAGCUGUACCACAAAAAUACACUGUUUUACAUGUUCAAAGCCGACGACAUCCCCACGGCGCAGAGAUGGAUCGAAGCCUUUCAGGAGGCCAUGAUUCUUGAACAGUAGUCACCAUUUCAGAUGUUUACCGCCCCCGCCCCGCCCCAGUCAGUUUGAUAAUCAACCCCCCGGGUUCACCAGCUCAGGAAAGACUCGAGGUGGACUCUGUGGACAGCAAAGCCCGCACCCGGAAACCCCGACAGCUCUGGGUCGAGGCUAAGAGCGAGUCAGCGCUGCAGGUCGACGGUGAAGUCCAGAAGCACGUGUGCGGAAGUGCCAGCAGGCGGCAGUGUGGGCCGCUUCGAACCCUCGAGAGUCUGAGACGGGAAAGGUUUUGGUUUAAGGAUUUCAAUCUGCACCAGAAGAAGACGAUCUGACUGUAAAGUGUCACAGAAGCAAUCAUGAAUCAUGAACGGUGGAUCUCUCUGUCAAGAGAUGCUUAAAAAAGUUACUGUGAAAAUCAAGGUGUAACACGUGCAGAUAGAGAACUUUAGCUUUUCAGUUUAUCUUUACCGCAAUUUAAAAACAUUUCAUAACCAUUGAAAAGUCCUGGAAAAAACUGGAAAAGUAUUGAAACUUGUAGAUAUUUUAAAAUCAAACCUGUUUAGCCAGACUGAAAGGAUUGAAAACAACAACAUUGACUUCAAAACAAGAGCUAAUAUUUAUGAAAUAGGAAGUUUUUUGAAAAGCGGAGGCAGACACUUAUUUUGAAAGUCAUUUGCAUCCCUUUUUUAUAGCUUUAAUUCAUCAUUUAACACAGAGCAACUUUAUUUUUGUGGAGAUUUGUUGUUAAAAAAGCAACAAAUUUGUUUUUACAGCGUUUGGGAACAUCUAGCCACCAGUCAGAUUUUGAUCUGAAAGCAUCAAUCAGAGUUUAAUCUCUUUUUUUUUGUUUUUUUAAACUGUUUAUCUAGAAAUUAAAAGUCAGCUUGAGCCGUUUUGUCUUUAGAGCUCCUAGCUUUAUGUUGUAUUUAUUUUUCUGAGGAAAAAAGCCGCCUCAGCUCGUGAUGAAGAUGCAAAGAGUUGAUCUGUUUGUACAUUAACAUUUGUAAACACUUCUCAGUGUUAGAGUCUCUUAUCAACAAACUUUUCUAAACUGUCAGGCAACAGUUUUUAAUAAAACAUAGAAAUCUA